AUGAAUGUCAGUAUAAGCGGGUGGGAGAGGGCCUCAGGUAAUGUCAGGACAAGGGCAGAAGCCAGUCUGAGGCCAAGUAGAAGCGGGGCUGGUGAGUGGAUUAGUAGGAACAGCUGUUCCGAACGGAAGCGCGGAGGCUGGGCGAGGAUUAAGCGAGUGGGCGGGGCUUGGCCUGCUGGGGCGGAAGCCCACGGAAGGCGUAGCGGGACCCAGGCAGCCACGCGGGCGGGCGCCGUGGAGCUGCAGGUGGGUUUGCACGAGCUGCUGCACGUCUUCUCCUUCUUGGAGGCCCGAGACAUGCUCUGUGUCGCCCAGGUGGACAAGGUCUGGAAUGAGGCUUCAAGGACCAAGGAACUGUGGAGGCAGCUGUGUCUGAGACGCUGGUCCUCCUGUAAAGCCUCCCAGACGACCCUGGGCACACAGACAUGGAAACAGUACUAUCUCUGCCGAUCUGAGCUGGAGUUCCGAGUGGAAUCUGGGUGACCAGAGAAGGACUUUAUCUGCAAAGCCAUUGCUGGGCACAAAGGAGAGAUAGAUGAGCUGGGCUACAUCUCAACCAAAGAGUACUGGUUUGAUGGGCGGGAGAAGUCCGUGGUGUGCACUGUGUUGUCAGAUGGCACUGUGUGUGCCUGAGAUCUGCAAGAGGUGAGCUCUCUGUCGAGCCCUCUACAGCCUGCAGCUCUGGUGAAUUUGGUGACUUACCCUUGGCUGCAACUGGUUGUCACCAUGGACGAGCGGGGACUGAUCAAAGUAUGGAAAGCAGAGAAUGGGUGUGAACAAGCUUCCUGCCUGCCUACAUACUCAUCUUCAUUGGAGACCUGUGACUUUCCAGAAGGCCCCCUCCUGCUGGUGAGUGACCCAGCUCUCAGGAACCUCUGCUGUUUCCCAGGGUCUGUGGACCUGGCACCAGACCACUGUGCCAGGCGGCACUUCAAGCCAGGCCCUCCACAUGGCAGACCAAGUGACCACGUAAUUCUGCUCGGUCCCCCAAGCUUCUUCUUGCCUGCCACGUGGAAGGCAGACUCCUCAUCCCCCUUCGGCUCUAGUGUGCCACAGCCUGUUUCCCUGGCCCCAUCUCUGCAGCCUCUCACCCUCUCAGAGUGA